AUGGCGGAUCCUGGGAAGAGGAUGCCGUGGGGCAUGAAGAUCGGCGGGCUUAAGCCGGGGGCAAAGGAGACCAUCACGGACAAGAAGCUCAAGACCUUCGUCGUCGGCAAGCAGAAGAAGAGCAGGUUGCAAAAGGAGAGAGAGGUGAAGGAAGAGAAGAAGAAGGAGGCGGACGUAGAAGCAGCCAAGAUCUACGAGCAGUUCGUGCAGUCUUUCGACGGCGGAGGGCCCGACGACGGGAAGACUUUUCUCAGAGGGGGCGUCGCGGGAGGCAGGGGGGGGGGGGGGAUGGGAGCGCCACCCGCAAGGGGAGCGGCGGGGCGCGGCGGAGGGAGUUCCGGGAGCGCUCUCGGAGCGUACGGGCCCGCUUCGGGCGGCGGGGGCGGGGUGCCGAUGCCGUCCGCCCUAGCAGGGCUGAUGGGGCUCCCAGGUGCCAGUGCGGUGGGGGAGGAGUACAAGCUAGGUGGUGGUAAGCCUGGAGCCAAGGCUGCAAAGCCCAUGAGCGAGAUGGAAAAGAUGGUCGAGGAGAUGAAGCAGCGGCAGGAGCAACGAAUGAACCCAGGGAAGGCACACCGCGGGCAGCAGGGUGGAAGACAGAUCGACACCUUUUUUGAGGAGAUCAAGGGACGAGUGGACAAGGGAUCUAGUCACCAGAUGUACUCCGACCAAACUCCCAGCUCCGGUUCCAUGGACGACGGCGACCCGACUUCGACCAACUUGUACCUGGGGAACCUGGCCCCCACGGUGACCGAGGAGGCUUUGCAGGAGGCGUUUUCCCCCUUCGGCAAGGUGUACUCGAUCAAGAUCAUGUGGCCCAGGACCGACGAAGAAAGAGCCCGGAAGCGGAACUGCGGCUUCCUGAGCUUCUGGCGGAAGGAGGACGCCGUCAACGCCAAGCGUGCGAUGAUGGACACGGACUUCGAGGGGCACCGCAUGUCUAUCGGGUGGGGCAAGCCCAUCAACAAGCUGGCCAAUGCCGUUGGCGUGGAGACCAAGAUUGAGGGGCAUGACGCCCCCCCUCCCGACGUGCUUGACCCUGGCCUUCCGGAGAGCCUGCAGAACCUGACCCCGGAGGCGAAGGCCAGCCUGCAGAAGAUCCUGCCCACGCUUAACCCCAGCAACAACGCGGUGGCGGCGUCUCUCCAGGCGCUGACGGGGGCCAACAACUGGCUCGGCACGGUAGCCAAGUUUGGGAUAAAUUCGAACAACGGUGGUGCCGCCGGGGGGGCAAUGGCUGGCCUGGUGGCGGGUGCUUCUGCGUCUCCCCGCCCGGGGUUGCCAGGCGGCAUCGGCGGCGGUGCUGCUCCCGCUCGGCCCAUCCUCACCAGCAGCACCAGCGGAGGCGGCAAGAAAUCAAACGGGAAAAGGUUCGCCUCAUCCUCCUCCACCAAGAAAUCCAACGGCGGCGGGGGAGGGGGCACCGCAGACGGCGACGGGGGGGGGGACCCUCGGUCGAGAUCCAGGUCGAGGUCCGGGUCUCGGAGCAGCUCGAGGUCUUCCAGAUCUUCAAGGUCUUCUAGGUCUUCUAGGUCGUCGAGAUCGUCUAGGUCUUCUAGGUCGUCGAGGGGUCGGCGGUCGAGCAGCCGUGGGAGUUCGCGGUCGAGGAGCAGCGGGAGCAGCAGGUCGCGGUCGGGCAGCAGGGGGGGUCGGUCUAGGUCGCGGUCUUCGUCAAGGAGUCGCAGCAGGGGGCGCGGAAGGAGCAGGCACCGCAGCGACAGCCGGUCGAGGUCGAGAAGCCGACGGUCGGAGGACGGGCCUCGAAAGGGGGACGUCAAGAUCGAAGUGGAGAUCCCAGCGGAGAAGGAGAGGCGCUACAUGGUGGACCGCACGGCACGCUACGUCGCCAAGGACGGGCAGCCUUUCGAACAACGCCUCCUGGACCGCGAGGCUGGAAACCCUGACUUCGCGUUUCUCUUCGAGUACGAGUCGAAGGAGGGGCAGUACUACCGCUGGAAGGUGUUUUCUCUCGUGAUGGGAGACAGAGAGGACCGUUGGGUUACCCGGCCGUACCAGAUGACCCCCAACGGCCCCUGGUGGGUCCCUCCGGAAGAGCCGUUGACCUCUUCCAGCGACAGCGAGGACGAGGAGGAGCGCGAGAGGCAGAGGGAGAUCAAGCGGAAGAAGGAGGCCCUGGCCAACAGGUACAAGUAUCAAACCGGGCGCGAGCUGGAGAAAGCCCGCGAGCAGGACAAGGGUGCGCAGGAACUUAGCGACAAGGACUUCGACGCCUUCAGCGCCCUGCUCAGAGGCCUGACCAACAGCGCCGACGUGGUCGGGGUGCUCAAGGAAAGCCUCCUCGUGCCCGAAACCCCCAUUCACGUGAAAAUCGCGAGGCUGUACCUGCUGUCGGACAUCCUGCACAACAGCUCGGCCCCCGUGAAGAAAGCCUCCUCGUACAGGACGCACCUACAGAAGGGGCUGCCGGAGAUUUUCGACGGGCUGAAUGAAGCGUUCCGGGGCGUGGAGGGGCGCAUGACUGCCAAGCAGGUGGAAGACAGGAUCAUGGCGCUGCUGGCGGCGUGGGACAACUGGUCUAUCUACCCCCCGCUGUACAUCACCGGCCUCGAGGCGUCCUUCAUGCGCAAGUCCGGAGACCUUGAAGCGAAGGACCUCACGGGCGUGGAGGAAUCGUCCCUCGACAAAGAAGCCCUGGCUCAGAAGGCUAAUCAGGCUGGAAUCCACACGGAGGGCCUCUCCGCUCUAGACCUCCUCAAGCGGCUCAACUACCUCAACGAGUACGCCAAACGCAAGGCGGCGAGAAAAGCGGGCGGUACCGCCGCUUCUGCUGGUGCUGGCGCGGGGAGUAACGGUAGCAGCGGCAACGCGGGCGGUCGGGCGGAAGACGAAGGCAGUGGUGAUGACGAUGACGAUGAUGAUGAGGAGGACCUGGAUGGAGUACCGCUGGACGAGCGCAUGGAGCGGAACGUUCUUCGCAAGGUGGAGACGGAGGUGCUGAAGCUGAGAGAUGACUUGGAGGCAAAGGGUACCCCAGAGGAGCAAAUAAAGUCGCGGUGUGCAGCGAAGCGGGCAGAGAUGAUGGACACUUGGGAGAAGAACAAGGCAACCCUGAAGCGUGGCUCCAGCAGCAGCAGCAGCAGAAGCGGAGGUGAUAGCAGGGACAGGAGGGACAGCAAGUCGCGGGAGCGAAGCAAACCCAGAGACAGCGGCGGCGGCGGCGGCGGUAGCAGCAGCAACGGACGCGAGUCGGGCGGAAAGGGGAGAGAAGCGAUUAGCAGCAGCAGCGGCGGUGGCAGGGACAGCGGCAGCACACGGGAGCGUCGGAGUUCGGUCGGCAAGGAGUCGGAGGCGCACUCUUCCGGCAAACGACCUCACUCGGCCUCCCCGUCGACCACUUCUUCCUUGGACAGGGGGGGCAGGGACAAGGACCGAGGAAGAGGUCGCGACAGGGAGCGGUCGAGCUCGCGGGGUAGACCCGACAGGCUCGACAGAAAGAGCACCAGCGUUCGGGACUCGGCGGCAGACAAGGACGGCGGUAGCGGCAGGGCCGACCGUAGCGGAGAUAAAGACAGGGCAAGGGACGGCAGCAGCAGAGGCGACAAGGAUAGCAGCGGCGGCGGCGACGGCAAGAGGAAAGACCGUAGGCGGAGCAGGAGCAAGAGCCGCAGCCCUUCUUCCAAGCGGGCGAAGCGGGCGAGGAGCAGCGACAGAGGGGACAGGGAUCGGGAUAGGAAAGAGAGAGACCGCCGGCGCUGAAGAAACAAAUAACUAAAGUAGCCAGCUCGACGGGGCAAAACUACAGCAGCAGCACUUAUUUUUAGUUUGCUCCUGUUUUCUCGGCUUCCUGAGUUCCUUUUACCUUGCUCUCGUUUUUUCCUCCGAUUUCCUUGGUGGUAAACUCGGUUGGCACUCUCUUUUGGCGAGACUGUGUGCCGAGUGCCGGGGGUGUAUCGCUCUCGCGUAAUAUCCAGGCAGUUUGUGGAUGUGGAAGAACACGUUUGCUACCGCUGGGUAGGGUGCUACAUUUGUUACUAUGUUCAAGCGUUGUGCGCUCUUCUUCUCGGCAGUUGUGCGCGCGUGCCCGCAGUGAGCGUUGAAAUUUCGGUGCAAGUAAGACUCUUUUCCUUCCUUGAUGGUUCUUGAUUACGGGGCCUAUGACGACGCAUACGCCUGGCAGCCAAGCCUUCUUCCAAAGUAGUAGUGGUAUAAGCGGUGGUGGUAGUAGUAGCAGCAGCAGCAGUAGCAGUGGUAGAAGUAAAUGGCAACAGACAUGAGCACCGU